AUGGCAUACUUGACUGGAAUCCUGAUUGAUGUCUCCGAUUCUAUGAGUAGCAACAUCGGAAGCGGUACGGAUAAAGAAGGAGGACCAUGGGCUCGCUCGAUCUUUGAGGUUAUUGAUAACCUUAUCAAAAACGAUGUUUCUUCAGAUAGCCAUGUAUUUGCAAUAGGCGUUGGGGCUAGUACUGGUGAGGACAUUUUUGAUGUCAUAGGAACUCUUAAACAGAUUCAAAAUGAAGACAAAAAAACUGAGGAUGGUGUUCAGAGCCCCGCUACUAGUACGCAAGUAGACAUGAUUUUCCGAAUAUUAGAGAGAUCCGGCGCAGGUACUGUUCGCAAAUGGGCAGCGGAAGAAGAUGUAAUCAGGGCAUUGAAAUACAGAGAGGCUGAUUUGCUACUGAACAAAUUGAACUCUGACAGGUCGUUUCUUGAAACAUUUGUUCAAGAGAUUCUACCACCAGCUUGCCGGGAUUGGUCUGAAAGCACCCUGGUGAAGAUGACAGGCCUAUCUUUUUUUGCUAAUGCAGUGCAAGGUGCGUUUGCAUCAGUGACAAGCAGCUUUGUAAGAGCUACAGUUGCAGACAUCAGGGAAGUAAUGAAUCAGGCCAAGCCUUAUUUGCUAAAAGAAGAGAAAGAAAAAGUAAGUCUGUCGGGUGUGACUGUUAAUUCUAUUUUCAAAGUUAAAGAUGCCUCAAAUGUUCUUCAUGGGUGCGUUGAUGAAAAAGAACUCUCUAAAGAAAGGUGUCAGGAACUAUUGCAGUGGGUCAAGCCUUACAUUUACGGGGGAACGCCAUUAUAUCAGUCCAUUAAGGAGGCGAUCAAACUAUUUCAAGCUUCUAGUUUUACCAGUCACAAAAAGUUGCUGUACAUCUUGUCAGACGGAGAGCCCACAGAUGGAGAAACUACUGACCGUCCAAGAAUAGAUCGAUUGACCUCUGAAUUAAACACUGCAGGCGUGACCGUAGUGAGCUGCUUUGUCACUAAAUCCACAGAGAUUUACCCUAAACGACUGUACAGCAAAGAGAUACCUGACUGGGAACCGGGCGCAAAGUUCCUGUUCUCAUUGAGCUCAAAAGUGUCAACACAAUCCCUACCACGCACAAUGUUCGUGAAACGUGAUUGGACCAUCGAUUUCACCGACAAUGAGACACAUAUGUUCUUACAGGUCAACCAUCCAGACCACUUGCGAGAGGGGUGCGAGGUGGCUCGAAACGUCGUUUGUUGUCAAGACGCCUUAUCCGACAUGCUUGCAUCCGUUAAUGUCGAUUUCUAUAUCAAUCAAGAAGUAACGGACUGUAAAGCAAAAUUACAAGAAGGGGAGACCUGCGCUGCAAAUGCAGCUGCUACAGUGCUUCAUUUGUCCAUGACAAGAAUUCGUGGACGCGAAGGUGGAUGUCCAGAUUUCUGUACACUAAGAGACGAAAUUGUCAAAGAAUUUGAUCCUAAAAAGUAUCCAAAGGGUGUUCCUACCAUCCUUGUGCUACAGAAAAUGUGCCCGAAGUACCGCCUGCGGUGGAAGGAAGUCAACCACAAGGAAGCCAUGCAAGCAGUCGCUUCAAGUCGGCCAGUGGUGGCAACAUUUAGGCUCACUGAGAAGGAGUGGGAUAGUUUUGAAGAUUUCUAUGAAAGUUACCCAAAAGGCAUUUUGACGACGAAGGAGAUCGAUAUAACAGCCCGUCGUCCCAAAACUCCCGUCUUUGGCCAUGCAGUUGUGUUAACCAGUUUCGACAGUGAAUGUUUACGACUGCUGAAUUCCGGGGGAGAAGACUGGGGGGACAUGGGAUUCUUUCGAGUGCAGGAGGCAGACGUUCUUGGAUUACAAUUCUUCGACGUUUACUGGACAGAAGAUGAUUUGAAAGAGGAAGAAAAAACCUAUUUCAAGAAAUUUGGAUACAUCAAUGCCGGGAUAUUAAUGGAAUUGUUGCCAAGUCUUAAGGAUGCUGAAUACACGUGCCCCAUAGCCAAAUGCAGCAAGAGAUCGCCAGUGGUGGACUUCACCGGAACUUUGUCACACGCAAAGUGUCCCAAAUGUGGCCACGAGUUUUCUACAAAGAAUGCCAAGGAAGGGAACAUUUUGGCCCUUAAUAUUUAUCUUACUUCUUUAAUCAGCUGA